UUCUCACUGGAUUUUAACUUGAGAUCACACAUGAAAACACACUCCCAGGAGAACUAUCAUAUCUGCCCGUAUCCUGAAUGUGGAAAGCGAUAUGCACAUGAAUACAAGCUUAAGAAUCAUAUUUCAUCUACUCACCAGAAGAACACACCAGAUGCACCAAAGUACACCCCGCCUGUGGAGAAGCCAGUGAAGACUCCGAAAUCUACUCCAGCAACUUAUGGCUCAUCAUCAUCUGAGCGCCCUUACAGCUGUCCGUAUGAAGGGUGUGACAAAUCGUACAUCCAUGAAUACAAGCUGAAUCUUCAUUUAAGGAACAUGCACCCUGGUCACUUACCAGAUGAUAACGCGAAAAAUGCUCAAUCCACUGCUGACAAUGAGAUGGAUGAAGGCAGUGAUCAGGACACAUAUGCUGCAAGGCGUGGAAACGGAAGAAUUCAGAAACAGAGCAGGCCAAAGCCAAGCUUAAAGCAGCCACCUUUAAAAGUUGCACGCAAAGGCUCAUCUAGUGCUGCUUCUCAAGCCAAUCUAACUAUAUCGAAGAAGCCUUGGCCGCUUAAAGAAGAGAACUACAAUGAAGAAGAUAGUGAAGAAACAGAAGAGGAACGGGAAAGGGAACGGGAUGAUGUCGGGGAAGGAUGGAGGUAUGGCGAAAACAACGAUGACGACGAUGAAGAGACUGAAGAAGAUGACUAGGCUUUAUUCGUACAUACACUCAUAGGUUGUAGUGCUGUCUUUUGCUAUAAAUGGUUAUCACUGUCUAGAAAAUGGGAUUUGGACCUUCCUUGUUUGUUAUUGGUGUUAAAUCCCUCUUUUGAGUUUUAUGAAGCAAAUGAGAUUUUAGCUAUUUCCCCAACCCCCAACCCCCUUCUAGUUGUCUCUCAGCAUAGUACCAGGGAACAUGUAGGCUGGAGCUUUGUAUUCAUUUCUGGUUUCAUAAAUUGAAAUCUCCUAGUCUUACCUAUAGAUUUGACCAUAUCGAGGACUUCAUAUCCAUAAGUUGUAUAGUAUGAUUAUGACAAUAUAUAAAGGAUUCUUAAA